GCCUCAACAUUAUAAAAUAACAAACAUGUUACCAAUUAUACUAGAUCAUUUUAUUCGAAAUUUAUUAUUUUAUCAUUGACCUAACCUAGAAUUAUGGACAGCUUACGUACGAUCAUAUAUCAAAUUUUACUGUUUAAUAAUUGCCACGGACCUACGUCAUAGUCACCGACUUCCGACUUCUUUAAUUUCGUAUAAGAAAAAGAAAUAUUAUACAUCUUAAAACGCAUCUCAAUCUUCUACAUACCUUCUUAACCUAUGAUACUUCUUACUAAAAGAUACACAUUGAAAUAAUGGAAUCCAUUGGGUCACUCAGAAUUUCAGAUGAUGUCCCAAGUCUCACGUCCUUACCAACCGACAUUCUCUACAUCAUAUUAACCUACCUAGAUACGGCAGGGAGUGUAGCUCAUUUAGGUGCAACAUGUAAGGGCUUACAUCGCCUUAUUUCGGAGAGCGGAUGGCGUAUAUUCAUUACAUCACGUUUUAACACCUUCAAAUUAUCCGAAGUCUCAUCCACAGAUGAGUGGAGGGCACGUGCUCGCUCCUUGACUACGCAGUCGAGAGACUGGGACAGACGCGCUCUUGCCAUCGACGUCCUCAAGCCUCCAUCCAAACAUCGCACUUGGGGUCCCGACCCACUAUCUACCUGGCAGUCGAUUCCCAGCAAUAUCUUAGUCGACGCUUAUCAUCAACACAAAGGCAAUGACGCUCAAGAUAUCAUAUUUUGGGGUGCCGGAGAAGAUGUGUUUGGCUUGCUACGACAUAAUCGGGGACCUAAGCCGCCUACCGACGAAUGGCUUUGCGGUCGGGGUGCUGCAUCCGGGUACCAUUCCGGCAGAGAUGAUGUCACAUCGGUAUCCAUAUUGAAGGGCGAUAAAUGCAAAUACGGCCAAGGAGAUGAACCCCAAGUAUUAGUAGGCAGGGCAAGCGGUCAGCUUCACCUUCUUUCUAUGGGUACUGACGAUUUUGGCAAUACACUACUAAGCUUCAAAGGCUCUAAUAGACCCGACCAACCCAAUAACGAGGCUAUACGCCAGACUGAUAUUCAAUCCCUCGAUGUUAACUAUAAACAAGGGGUGCUCGCGGCAGCAACUAAACAGAGUAUCCUGAUGUACCCUCUUGUUAAGGACAGACAAACCGUUCAUAAUGACCCCGCCAUAAAUAAUUCUGAAGAAGGGAGUUCGCCAUAUGUAUGGGCCGACGAAGCUUUAUCAUUGAAAGACGAUAGAGGAGGGCCUGGAACGUUCGAAUUUAUCCGAACCGUCAAAUUCGUGAACGAAGACACUUUGGCGGUAGGCCUGAAUAAAGGUUAUAACCCGCUUCAGUAUCUGAAAAAUACACCAACGGGCAUUGAAAUAUCUUACGCGGCCAAGUCUAGCAGCCAGACCAAUGGUGUUGAUGAGUAUAAGUUUGAAACAAUCCGAUCAAUCCUGCCGGUGGAUACUCGAUCGGUUGCCAGCGGUGGCGGAAAUUCCGUGCUGAGUUCGUGGGCCGAUGGAACCAUUCGCCUUCAGGACCUUCGCUCGCCUUCACCAACCGAUAGGAUCUUCCAGGACAAUUUCGAUCUCUCAACCCCAAUCAACGCCCUUCUUUCCCAUGGCCUAGAAAGGUUCGUUGCGGGAAGCGCGUAUUCCCCAGUACUCAAAGUUUUCGACUACCGUUGGCCUAAGGGAUACUAUCAUACCGAGGGUCUUCCCUGUGGCAACGAUGCACCUUAUCCAACGCCUCGACCCCCAGUUCCCGUACUCAAGCCAUAUUUCUCGGAUAAUCGCGCUACAUGCGACCAUAUUUCUGGCCGACGUUGCCGCUGGCACGCUCUCUCACGACAAGACUUCUCCAGACCAAACUUCAACAUGUGGCUUCCAACAUCGUACUCUCCGACCAGCGAUACCUCGCCGGUAUAUUCGCUCGCAUCACCAUCAGACGACUCGCCCACCUUGUUUGUGGGACUUUCAGGGAGUCUUGUUGAGAUCACUACGAAAAGUGAGCGCACGCGGCGGCCAAUAGUUACCACGACACAACCUGCCAAGGAUUUGGUAUACUCACGGAAGACAGAGAGCGUCGCAUUUAUAGAGACGGGUUUGGGUUUUGCGUUAGAGGACUAUACGCUUUCGCAGCGGGUGCCCAUAAUGCAUAGGCAGCUUUUCGGGGGCGCGGCGGAGCGCAAUCGUCCCAAGUUCGCGGAGUGGAGAAGGAGACAUCGCCUCGAUGAGUGGCUUCAAGGAUCAUCGUAUGAGGUUUGAUUGAUUGGAUGGACGACGUCGUUCGGAUCGAUGAUAAGGUGAAUGGUGGGCAUGAAUGUGGUUGGGCAAGAGCCAAGAUAGUCGUGAUUAACGGCAUAGCGAUGUAUAGACCAUCUUCUACAAUUUUCAAAUAGACAGACGCCUAAAUUAUAAUACCACGACAUACGUGAAAUUCCCCGUAGUGCUUUCGAUUAGUCGCGUUAUUCACUCAGGUUGACCGCAUCCAAAGAUAAAAAAGAUUAUAUAUAUCCGAGGUAAGAAUGAUAAAAU